AUGUCAGAUUCAACGGCAAGACAAGAACAGUCCCCCACAGCACUCCCUCCAUCAUCAGCACUCGUCCACCUCGACUCUGAACUCACCGUCACCUCAUCCGACAACAUCAAGAAAAGCGACAAGGAAGAAUACUACUCAACCGACAAGACUGACAUCGAUGUCGAAUACGCCACUGCUACUGUCAAUCCCCAAGAUGAACAGCCCGUAUUAGUCGAUGGGCCACUCUAUGGCUGGGUUGUGGUUUUGGCCUCCUUCACCUCCCAGAUGAUCUCCAUGGGCGUAUGCAAUGUCUAUGGUGUUUAUCAGAACUACUAUGUCACGGAGAAAUUCCAAGGAUCGGCCUCCACAUUCCAGCUGGCAUGGAUCGGUUCCCUCGCCAUCAUGGCCCUCGAUCUCGCCGGCCCCUUCACCGGCUCCAUCUGCGACUAUUUCGGUCAUCGUCAAUCUGCCCUCAUCGGUGUCAUCAUCAUGACCCUCUCCCUCACCGCUGCUGCAUUCGCAACCCAAGUCUGGCAACUCUACCUCACCCAGGGUGUUCUCUACGGUCUCGGAGGCAGUCUGACCUACUUUGCCUCUCUCACUCUGCCCUCGCAGUGGUUCAGCAAGCGCCGCGGUUUGGUAACUGGUAUUGCCAUCAGUGGUGGUGGCGUUGGAGGACUUUGGAUCUCGCCCAUUGUCAGCAACUUGUUGUCAAGCAAAGGGUUCAAGUUCACCAUGCUCACUAUGGCCAUUGCCCACUUUGUGCUCCUGGUUCCUGCUUGCAUGUUCUACAAGACGCGUCGUGAGACUGGUCGUCAGAGGGCCAAGAGGAUCAAGCAGUUCGGAUGCCGCAAAGGCGAGUCGUUGGACAAUGAGAAGAAGAGAAAGUUUAUCGACUGGACUAUCUUGAAGGAUAUCCGCUUCUGUCUCUUGUUCAUUGCCGGUAUCUUCGUCGUCAGUGGCUAUUUCACCCCAUUCUACUUCAUCAACUCAUACGCGAUCCAGCAUGGUGUCGACAAGUCAACUGCAGCAUUGAUGGUCGGUUUGAUGAACGGCUCUUCGGCCAUCGGUCGUAUUGUCAUGGGCUUGGUCUCGGACAAGAUUGGCAGCAUGAAUGCCCUCUGCAUCUCAACCUUCGCCGCAACCUUGACCCUCUUCUUCCUCUGGACGUUCGCCAAGACCAUCACUGUGAUGUUUGUCUUUUCCAUCGCCUACGGUCUCUGCUGUGGCGCCUACCUGUCCUCAACCGUCUCAGUUUCUGUCGCGAUUGCUGGAUUGGAGCGCUUGGGAUCUGUCACUGGUAUUCUCUAUGCUGGUAUGGCUAUUGGAUCUACCAUCGGAUCGCCUACCUCGGGAGCUAUUCUGGAUACCAUUGGUCAUGGUACUGAUUAUACUGGUGUGAUUAUCUGGUCAGGAACCGUUAUGCUUAUUGGAAGUGUGAUCCAGUUCGGCAUGAAGUUUGCUACCAACCGUAAUAUCUUUGCCAAAGUCUAA